AUGCCGAACAUUCCGAACAGGAGUGAAACUAUGGAAGCCGCAGACGAAACCGACACUAGACCUACUGAAUCGUCGCAGAUUGAAAUUACAUCACACAGCCGCAGUCACAGAGGGUCUAUUGUAGACACGCCGAAUAUGUCAGCGGCACUAAUGGCAGAACAAUACAGCACAAGUCAUCCAAACCGUGGGCUAGCGCUUGUUAUCAAUCAAGUGAAGUUUAGCAGAAUGGCCCAACGGGAUGGUAGUGACAAGGAUCGUGAUAGUAUCUGUAAGGUGUUGAGCGAUAUCGGAUUUAAUGUGCGUGUGUUUGAUAAUCUAAAUAAGAAGAACCUUCUCGCGAUGCUAGAGAAGAUUGCCAACGAAGACCAUUCGCAGAAUGACUGUCUGGUGGUGGUAGCAAUGACACACGGCGAUAAGGAAGUUCUGUAUGCGUCUGACGAUAGCUACCCGGUGGGCCGUCUGUGGGAACCAUUUGUUGGCAAUGGGUGCAAGACGCUGCUUGGUAAACCGAAGCUGUUCUUCAUACAGGCUUGCCGGGGUGAAAGAUUCGACGUUGGCGUCAAAAUGGCCAAAGUGUUAACAGACACAGUCGAUGCACGAUCAUCGUCGGAGCAACUGCUGUAUGUGAUACCUACCAUGGCGGACCUGUUGGUGAUGUACUCUACGUACGAUGGACAUUACUCGUGGCGCAAUCCCAUCAACGGUUCCUGGUUCAUCCAGUCGCUCAGCAGUGAGCUGGAACAGAACGCACACUCCAAGGAGCUGCUACAUCUGCUGAUCGGUGUUUCGCGAAGGGUCGCCUACCAGUAUCAAUCGAACGUUCCUGGCAAUUCGAAAAUGGAUGCAAAGAAACAGAUGCCGUGCAUAGUGUCGAUGCUGACCAAAUUGGUCUACUUCCCCCGUAAAUAG